AUGUCGACUUCUCCGCCUCCUAUCACAAAACCAGAAUCAAAAGAAGACGCAGACUACAAUAAAAUCUGCGAGGAGCACAAACACCUGAUAGAAACAGUACCCAAAGGCAAUGGAUGGAUGGAGAAACACCUCUACAACUACAAUGGCUUCUGGUUUCACCCCUACUACAUCAAAAACCACUUGCUUCUUCACAUCUACUUCAAAUCUCAACCCACCGACAUCUUUUUAGCCUCCUUCAUGAAGACCGGAACCACCUGGCUCAAAGCCCUCAUGUUCGCUACCAUUAACCGCCACCGCUACACCCUCUCCGACCACCCUUUACACCACCAUGGCCCACAGGGUGCCUUCCCUUACCUCGACAUCGAAAGCUACCCCCCUACCGAUUUCACCCACUUGCCUGCUCCCCGAAUGUUCGCAACUCACUACCCUCGCACCCUCUUGCCACCGUGCAUUACUUCCUGCAAGGCGAGCCUGGAAUCUCCGGACAAGAUUCUGUUCUUGAAGUACGAGGAAAUGAUGAAGCAGCCGGAGGUGGCGCUGAGGAAGUUGGCGGCGUUCAUGGGGAAGCCAUUCACGGCGGAGGAACUGGAGAAGGGGGUGGUGGAGAAAAUUGUGGAGCUUUGUAGCUUCGAAAAUUUGAGCAAUCUGGAGGUGAACAAGAAAGGUGUGGUGAAAUUCGGUUAG